AUGACAUCGCCUUCCGCUGAUCCUUCGCGCAAGCCUCUUGAUCAGACCCGAGCAGACACUUCUUCGAUUGAGAAAAUCCCAUUCUCUGAAGCUCCCUCGACUGCGAAAGAAAACGAAAAGGCAAAAGAAGAACCCCGACUCGAUAUUAGCGACGAUGAAGAAAACGGCAGCCGCAACAUCCCCUGCAACCCCUUCGCCUUCACCCCAGUCAAGCUACACAAACUUUCCCUAGCGAGGAGCAUUGAUAGUCUAAAUGCUCUUGGCGGCCUACCUGGCCUAGCAGCUGGGCUCCGGACGGACCUCGAGGCAGGUCUCAGCGCAGAUGAGGACGUUCUCGAUGGUAGGGUAACGAUAGACGAGGCGAUCGCCGCGUCGAAGGAAGGCCGGCCCCCGAAGACGGAGCCUCUAUCGAGAGAGUCCUCCCAUCCGCAUACCAAUCUUUUCAACCUCAGCAGCUCCCACCCGUCAGGAUUCGCCGACCGCAUCCGUAUCUUCGGGAGAAACAUUCUCCCACGGAGAAAACAAAAGUCGUUCCUGAGGCUGGCCUGGAUCGCCUUCAACGACAAGCUGAUCAUGCUGCUGUCAGUAUCAGCCAUCAUCUCGUUGGCCCUCGGCAUUUACGAGUCCGUCAGCAGCGACGAAGCGGGCUCUAACAUUGAGUGGGUCGACGGCGCGACUGUGGUCGUGGCCAUCUUGGUUAUCGUCUUCGCGAGCGCUGCUACCGACUGGCAGAAGAACCAUAAAUUCGAGAAACUGAACGAGCGCAAAGAGCAGCGUGAUGUCACCGUGGUUCGGUCGGGGAAGCCUCAGAGGAUAUCGAUCCACGAUGUUCUAGUUGGCGAUCUCAUGCGCUUGGAAGCGGGAGAUAUUGUCGCCGUUGAUGGUGUUCUCGUUCAUGCUGCGGGGAUACAAAUCAACGAGUCUUCGAUAUCGGGCGAAUCCGAGCUUGUUCACAAGCACGCCGUAUCCGAGGACAACCCUUCCGCCGACCCCUUCAUCCUCAGCGGUACUACCGUGUCCGGUGGUUAUGGCACCUACCUCGUCACUUCGGUUGGGACCAGCUCCACCUAUGGAAGGAUUCUUAUGUCCCUUCGCGACGACGUCGAAGAGACUCCCCUCCAGCAAAGGCUGGGAAGAUUGGCUAAGCAGCUCAUCACAUUGGGUGCGAUUGCCGGCGCAAUAUUCUUCUUGAUUAUUUUCAUCCGAUUCCUGGUCAAUCUACGACACUCAACCAAGAAGUCAGCUGAAAGGGGAAUGGAGUUCCUGGAACUGGUGAUCCUGGCUGUCACUGUGGUCGUCAUCACUGUGCCCGAAGGUCUCGCUCUCGCUGUCACCAUUGCUCUUGCGUUUGCGACCUCUCGCAUGUUGAGGGACAAUAACCUUGUGCGUCUGAUCCGGUCUUGCGAGAUUAUGGGGAACGCCACUUGCAUUUGCUCCGACAAGACGGGUACACUCACUCAAAAUGACAUGAGUGUGGUCGUGGGCAUGAUAGGACCAGAUGGCAAGUUUAGUGAGCUACCGAACACGGAGAAAGACCUCUCCCCGCCAAAGGCUCCAGGUUCAGCUGCCUCAGUGUCAGGUAUUACCAUGGCACAAGCGUCGCUUCCAGGUUCCAAGGCGUUGACAAACUCACUUUCUCCUGCCGUUAAGGAGCUUGUCAAAGAUAGUGUUGCCUUAAAUUCAACGGCAUUUGAGAGUGACGGGGUUGCGGCUUCGGAGGUCUUUAUCGGCUCGAGCACCGAGACUGCUCUCCUCAAAUUUGCUCGUAACCACUUAGGAAUGGGUCCACUUAACGAAGAGCGAACGAGUAGCGUGGUAGUAGAGAUGGUACCGUUCGACUCUUCCCGAAAAUGGAUGGCCGCUGUGGUAAAGUUGGCGGAUGGAAGACACCGACUCUUUGUCAAGGGUGCGGCCGAGAUGGUCCUUCGAAUGGCUACAACCAUCAUUUCGAGCCCCAAGGAGGGGCUACAGGCCCAGGAGCUGACACAGGACCUCGAGAGCCGGGUCUUGGAGACUGUUCAUGGCUAUGCAAUGGAUAUGCUACGACCUAUUACGAUUGCCUACAAAGAUCUCGAUGCCAAUGACAAGACCCUCGAUAACCUCGACUCUGAUGAGUUAGACAAAUUCGUCCAAGACCUCACUUUUAUUGGCAUCUUUGGAAUCCAGGACCCCUUACGGCCUGAAGUAGUCAAAUCCGUCCGCCAAUGCCAAGAAGCUGGUGUUUUCGUUCGAAUGGUCACAGGAGACAGUUUUCUCACCGCCAAGUCCAUUGCCUCGAAGUGUGGAAUUUACACUGCCGGCGGUAUCGCUAUGGAUGGCCCUACUUUCCGAAGACUAUCACCUUCUCAACUCGACGCCAUCAUCCCUCGUCUCCAGGUUCUCGCUCGCGCUAGUCCCGAGGAUAAACUUACUCUCGUGUCGCAUCUGAAGGGUAUGGGCGAGACUGUCGCGGUGACCGGUGACGGCACCAAUGAUGCACUUGCGCUGAAGGCUGCGGACGUCGGAUUUGCUAUGGGAAUCCAAGGUACUGAAACGGCAAAGGAAGCAGCAUCAAUUAUUCUUCUCGAUGACAACUUUGCGUCCAUUGUAAAGGCUUUGAGCUGGGGGAGGACAGUCAAUGCGGCUGUUAAGAAGUUUCUCCAGUUCCAAUUUACCAUCAAUAUCACGGCCGGAACACUAACUGUGCUAUCUACCCUCGUGGGCGACACCGUUUUCACCAUCGUUCAGCUUCUGUGGAUCAACCUUAUUAUGGACAUCUUCGCCUCACUCGGCCUCGCGACUGACUAUCCCUCUUAUGACUUCUUCAAGCUCAAGCCCGAGCCAAGGAAAGCACCAAUAGUCACCAUCACAAUGUGGAAGAUGGUGAUCGCCCAAGCCAUCUACCAACUGGCGGUUAUCUUCACAUUACACUACGCCGGGCCCUCUCUUUUCAAUCCCAGCACACCUGAAGAAGUAGAAUCGCUGCAAACCCUCGUCUUCAAUGUUUACGUUUUCAUGCAGUUAUUUAACCAGCAUAACUGCCGCCGCGUAGACAAUCGGAUCAACAUCUACUACCAGGGAGUUCUCCGCAAUCCCUGGUUCCUCGGUGUGCAAUGCCUCACUAUCGCUGGGCAGAUGAUCAUCGUGUUCAAGGGAGGAGAGGCGUUUGACACUAAGCCGCUUUCGGGGGCUCAGUGGGGAUGGACAAUCCUGUUCGGCAUCCUCACGAUUCCCCUGGGUAUGCUGGUGCGACAGGUGCCGGACGAAUGGGUAUAUGCAAUUUCCCAGGUGCUGAAACGGAUCGUGGCCACUCUCUUCAGUCCAUUCUCAAAGCUCGUGCCAGCCCGCUGGCGAAAGAAGAAGGAAGACGAAGAACUUGGCAUCGAAUCGUGGGUUCUCCGAACGGGUUCGGCACUUCUCCGGCCGGUUAACUACCGCUGGGGUGGCGCGGACGAAGAUGACUUCCAACAUCCUCGCAUUCUUGGUGGAACUGCUGUCACUAUCCCCUCCGUGGCGCGGAAGACCAGAACCGGCGGUCCAGAAUUAACCUCCGGAGGUGCCAAGAAGGCCCCAGUUGAUUUGCGAGCAUCGGUCAUGGCCUCUAGAGCCAGCAAGGGUCCGGUUGAGGCGGGAUUGGAGGAGCAUCCGGAUACGAAGAUGGAAGAGGUGCAGCUAUUUGCCGAGGGAGCACGAGACGCGACGAAGGGGCCUCCGAGUCAGGAUCCGAGGGUUCUGAAGCUGCUCAAUCUAUCGAUGUAA